UAGCAUCUUGAUCCAUAGUUUUCCCUCAGGUUAUCAUGGUUCAGCCAUGGCGUUUUCCAUGUACUCUAGUAUUCUUCUUGUUUUCCUCCUCUUAUGUUAUGGCAUUAUCUGAACCUUCAUCGCCUCCCAUGGAAAUGCCGCACGCUCAUGUAUCUGUAUCUUCGAAAGAGAAAGUUGUGAAAGCCAUUGUUGCAACUGUUGCAACUACUCUUGUUAUUGCUUUGAUUGUCUUCUUCUUCUUCUUCUUUUUCAGAAAGAUUGGAAGAUGGAGAUUGUGGCGGAGAGGAAAGUAUGAAUCAAGCUUUCGUCGAGAAGCCGUGGUGAUCCCCGAUGAGUUCAUCAAGUAUGGUGAAAAAGUGAAAGGAUUGGUAGUUGAAGAAAACGGCAGAGAUGGCCUUGGUAUGAAGAAACUUGAUGAUCUACGACUGAAGAAUGAGUUCCCGAAGGUGAUGUUCAAUCCUAGCUAUGAAGAAGAUGAAGGAGAGAAGAGGAUAGAUACUGCGAUUGGGAGAUCAAAAAAAUCAAAAUCUCGAGAGGAUUUUGAGUUCCUCAAUCAGCCACCAUCUGAUGUGAUUUUUCCUCCAGUUUCAACAACACGACCACCGGAACCAUCGGCGGCAAUGGUUUCAAUGAAGCAAACAACAGCGAACCCUCCUCCUCCUCCUCCCCCUCCAUCAAUAACACAACCUACACCACUAAACGAGGCCAGAACAAAUUCUGCAGCGCCACCCCCACCUCCAGCAGCAGGCAUCUCUUUUCCAGUACUAAAACCCCCAACAACGUCAAGAGGUACAGCAAACAACAGGGAUUGGCCAAGCACGUCGCCUGAAAACUGGAGAGGGGUUGGCUUGAAGUUGAGACCUCUGCACUGGGAUAAGGUUAUAGCUGAUUCUGACCAUUCCAUGGUUUGGGAUCAGAUCAAAGAUGGAUCUCUAAGAUUUGAUGAUGAACUAAUAGAAACUUUGUUCGGAUACACUACUGCCAAUCGCAAAUCGCCCGAUAGUAAUAACCUAUCGUCAACUUCAAGUUGUUCCGGUAACACCACGACGGCUCAGACAUUCAUUCUUGAUCCCCGCAAGUCACAGAACAGUGCAAUAGUGUUGAGAUCUCUCGGGAUAUCUAAGACGGAAAUCAUCGGUGCACUCAGCGAAGGCCAGGGACUCAGUGCUGAGGUCCUCGAGAAACUAACCAAGAUUGCUCCGACCCGAGAGGAAGAAGCUAAAAUCAUCCAUUUCAAUGGCAACCCUAUGAGACUUCCAGACGCGGAAUCAUUCUUUCAUGGUGUCCUGAAAGCUGUUCCUUCAGCGUUUAUACGUAUCAAAGUGAUGCUUUUCAGAUCAAAUUAUGAUUCGGAGUUGUUGAACCUCAAGGAAUCCCUGCAAACACUUGAGUCGGCCUGCAAGGAGCUAAGAAACCGGGGACUCUUCUUGAAACUCCUGGAGGCUAUCCUGAAAGCCGGUAACAGAAUGAAUGCCGGAACAGCAAGAGGAAAUGCACUGGGUUUCAACCUUAGUGCCCUUCAAAAACUCUCUGAUGUCAAAAGCACCGACAGAAAGACGACGCUUCUUCACUUCGUCGUCGAACAAGUUGCUCGGUCCGAGGGUCGGCGACAUACUAUCAACAGGACUUUCUACACUAAUGGUGAUGUGAAUUCAGUUAACCUGAUGCCAGAAGAGAAAGACCGAGAAUAUUUGAUGCUUGGUUUACCAGCAUUAGCAACCUUAGGGUCUGAAUUUUCCAAUGUAAAGACAGCAGCUACCAUAGAAUACGAGAGUUUCAUCAAUCUGUGCUCCAACCUGACAAGCCGUGUUGCAGAAAGCAAACAACUUCUAGCACAAUGCGGCAACAGUGAGGGAACUGGUUUUGUAAUGGAACUUAAAGGGUUCUUAGAGGAAUGUGAAGAUGAGCUGAAGGUAGUUCGAGAGGAACAAACAAGGGUCAUGGAACUCGUGAAGAAGACAACAGAUUAUUACCAAGCGGGAGCAUCCAAAGCCAGAGGAGCCAGUCCGCUUCAACUCUUCGUUAUUGUUAAAGAUUUUCUGGACAUGGUUGAUCGAGUUCGUGCAGACAUUACAAGAAAACUGCAGCUUACGAAUGGAACACACAGUGCAGGAUCAUCACCACCACCAACACCCCCUAGGAGGAAUCCCCUUAAAUUAAUCAAUUUCCGUACACAAUUCAUGCCCUCGGAGAUGUCUACUACUACUUCUAGUGAAUCAGAUGAUGGUUUCUAAUGAGAGUUUGCUUCUAUUUUCUGAAUUUGAUUAAUGAAACAAAAGUGAAAUUAAAAGUCAAAGUGUGGAAAUAGGGUACGAGUUGCAGGUGCUAAAUUUGAACACGAACCUAUUGAAAUAGGCUAAGACCAAGUUCAUUGUAAGGCAAGCUUUGGUCAUUUGCAAAGGAGAAUUGCAAGUUUAUCAACUUGUAUAAUCUUCGUUCCAUUCCGCCGAAUUAGGGAAGUUCAAAACUCCCAACAAAUACAAGAUCAAUUAGAGAUUCAGCCAACUUAUUU